UGUUCAUACUGGAGGGAUUAAUGCAGGAGAAGCGAUGGGCGUUGAUCACUACUGUCGUGGAAAUAUUAUAGGGAGACACUGAGAACACUGGGAAUCAGGGAUAGAAAUGAAACCUACUGGGUUUAAUGGAUUAAUUAAGAAGUGAAUGAAUUAUUAAACGUGAUGGAUCUGUUUGGAGAGGAUUAAUUACCCAGAUGAAGCAAGAAUCACCUGCAGUUUAUCUCUUAUAUAACAGGAAUAUUCCAGGAGGGAAAAUAAAAUCCGAUUUGACACAGCUGACAAACAGGGAGGCAUCAGGAGUGGAAACGAUGCAGGAAUGAAUCGUGGACCUCCUUUCACCUGUUAUUGAUGAGCAGUGAAGCCUUCUGAUGGGGCUAAAACCUAGAAAAGGAAGCUGCAGUGCUGAGGCAGGCCAACUGGGAUAGAUCAAGUAAUGCUGUCUCUAAAUAAAACGCUGGACUAAUUAAUGAACGUCAAUCAGCCUUGAGAGCCGCUGGGACUUUGUGAGAUGUAGUGUCAGCGUUGGCAAAAACUGACAAAUCAGAUCGUUUCCCUUAGUUCUCCAAGGUGCCAACUGUGAUUACGAAGGAUGAACACGUUUACGAUAAAGGCAGACGUUAUAUUUCAUGCUGCGGACCACGAUGACCUGGAGUCGCCGAUCAUCACUGAAGAGAGCGACGACGUAACUCCAACACUGGGAAGAGCUGGAGUUUCAGAGACUGGAAUACCACCAAGAUCCUGGGAAAGUCCUGAAUCUGUGGGUUUGAAGGAAACUGGAUGCUUGAGACAGCAGUGCCUCGGCAUUGGAGCACAUCUGCAACAUGGCAACUCCAGUGACAGUGGGUUUCAGGAUCAGGUUCAGACCGUCGACCUCAGGGUGAAGACGCGAGGUAAGGUAGAAAGCAACGUGAAUGGAACUGCGGCUGACGGGCCCUCACACAGCUCGAGGAUGGAGAGCAGCGGGGAAACGGCUACGUCUUCUCACGAGGCUGAAGUCGUGCGCAGUCCGAGCAUCAUUAGUAACAUUUCGUCGAUUUCUCAGGACUCCUUUUCGGACUCCAGGGACACAAGGACGCUUGAACAAGCGCUGGGUAACUUGUUAGGUGAAGCACAAGCAGCUGGUGCAAGCCAGUACAGGCCAGUACACUCUGCACAUGAACCAGUAAAGCACACUGGGAAUGGGGGAACGGGUGCAGUCGUAGUCAGAGAGAACCCUGAUCUAGUCAUCGAAGUGGGUGGACAGAAGAUCCAAGCGCACAAGUCGGUGUUGGCCGAAAAGAGCGACUACUUCAAGGCCAGGCUCUCUCGGGACAUCUUGAAAGUAAAAGGGGUGAACUACAAGACCCUGUCUGUGCUGAUCGAUUAUGUUUACACAUCCAAAAUGAACGUGAGCAAGGACAACGUGGUGGACGUCGUCACAGGGGCCAAAAUCCUGCAGAUCCCCUGCGCCGUCCAGGCCGCCAUCGACGCCAUGUCCGACCAGCUCACGACGCAGAACUGCUACGAGAUUCUGAGCAUUGCUAAGAAGCAGCGUCUGAGCGAACUCAAGGUGGCCGCGUACCGGUUCAUCAGCGACAACUUCCUGCAGGUCCUGCGAGAUCCUGCGGUCUACGGGCGCCUCUCGGGUUCCGAACGGGACCUGGUCCUGAGAAACCGCAUGGAAGGCUGCAAGUGCCUGAUGGCCGCGGAGAUCAAUGACGUCUUCGAAAGGGUGGGCAGCAGACCCCCGAGCAGGGGCAACAGCCGACCCCAGAGCCCUCUAUCUGCAGCGUCGUUCGAGGACAAUCACAUGAUCUACUACUAUAACGAGAGCACCAAGGAUUGGCGCACUCUGACCGUCAUGCCCGAUGACGUCAACACCAAAGGCUGCGGCAUCUGUUGCAUGUAUAACUACCUUUUCGUCGCUGGCGGAAUCCGGGGUUACGGGGAGAAAGGAAAGGCGUCGGAUAAAGUCUUCUGUUACAAUCCUGUCACAGACCGCUGGAGCGAGAUACGCCCCAUGAACCAAGCAAGGUCUCAACUCAAGUUGGUCUCCAUGGAUGGUUUCUUGUACGCCAUUGGAGGAGAAUGUCUGUUCACUGUGGAAAAAUAUGACCCACGUAUGGACCGUUGGACCAACGUGGCACCCUUACCCAAAGGAGCUUUCGCGGUCGCCCACGAGGCAACCACGUGCAACGGCGAGCUGUACGUAUCCGGAGGGACCCUGUUCUACCGCCUGUUGAAGUACGACCCCAAGCGGGACGAGUGGCAGGAAUGUCCGUACAACAACAGCAGGAAGAAAUCCACCGACAUGGUGGCGCUCAAGAGCUUCAUCUACAGGUUCGACAUCAACCGCGAGCAUGGCAUCAACGUCUUCAAGUACAACACCAUCGUCAAGAUGUGGCACGACUGCGCCUCCCAUCAGCAGGGGAGUCCGCUGCCCUUCAGGUGCGCCGUCGUCGGCGACUGCAUCUACUGCGUCAACAAGGCCCAGACUCUGCAGUUCAUCGUACAGGAUGAUGGAGCUCGAUUCACCGAGGAACCCUUGAGAGCACCCAUGGAGGCGAAGGGAGUGCUGUUUCCGUUCGUUCUGACCUUGCCGGACCGGGGGGAUCGAAACGUCUGAUCAGGAUGGAGUUCCUUUGAUCCUGAAAUUCGGGGAAGCAGGAUCGACGGUCGGAAUAAGAGGAAAGCUUUAUCUCCUGCAAACUAGGAAUGUUUAUGGAUGCAUGGCGGUUGGAUGUGUACGUAAGACACCUUAACAGGACAUUUUUCCCUAUAUAUAUUAUAAAUAUUAUAUAUUAUAUACACCCGGUA